CAGGCGCCUACAGACAGAAAUCCAACCCAUCUCUACAGCACUCUCAGCCGUUCGUCCACUUCUUUCCAGAACAUUUACAGCCUAGCCAGAUUUUGAAUCUUUGUGAUCUCCUUGAUUUCAUAGUUUUCCAGUUCUCUUAAAGCUACUUGAAACUCUUGCAGAAGAAAAAUGCUGCCUGCAACCUUCAAACUGUGUGCUGGCAUCUCCUACCGGCAUAUGAGAAACAUGACAGGUUUGAGGAAGAAUGCCAUGGUGGCCAUUCAUCAUGAGCUGAGCAGACUGGCAGGUCCAGGCCCCAGUAACUGGAUCAGCCAAGUUCGCAGACGAAGCUCCCUUCUCAGCUCUCGGAUCAAAGAGGAGGAAGGAUAUAGUGAGGAGGAGAUGACUUAUGUGAAGCAAGGUGAGGAUGCACUGCAGAAGGCCAUCAGCAUUCUCGGUGAGCAGGAUGGCUGGACCACUGAGACUGUAGCUCCAAACGGAGACAAAGUCCUGAGUAAGAUGCUGCCUGACAUCGGGAAGGUGUUCAAGCUGGAAGUGAUGAUGGAGCAACACCCUGACAAUCUCUAUGAAGAGCUGGUUGGGAACAUGGAGCAAAUGGGGGAGUGGAACCCUAAUGUCAAACAGGUCAAGAUCCUUCAAAAGAUCGGCCAAGACACAAUGAUUACCCAUGAGGUGUCUGCAGAGACGCCCGGCAACGUGGUGGGACCCAGGGAUUUUGUCAGUGUCCGUUGUGCCAAACGCAGAGGCUCCACCUGCUUCCUGGCUGGAAUGUCCACCCAGCAUCCAAAAAUGCCUGAGCAGAGGGGUGUAGUCAGAGCGGAGAACGGGCCCACCUGUAUAGUACUGAAGCCCUGUGCUGAGGACCCGAAUAAGACCAAGUUCACCUGGUUACUAAGUAUAGACCUAAAGGGCUGGAUCCCAAAGACAAUCAUAAACAAAGUGCUCUCUCAGACGCAGGUGGACUUUGCCAACCACCUCAGGCAAAGGAUGGCUAAUAAUGUUUCUAUGGAGAUGGCUCAUGCCUGCUGACACAAGAUGCCUCUUGAGCUUUGGCACAGUGCGCUUGAUAGUGGCAGAUGAGCAACCCCUGCUCAUUAAAAAAACAUAUAAAUCUGCUUAUAACUGCUAACCCAGAGAGUGUUAAGGAGAUCAGAUGAAGAUGAUACUUGUCUGAAAUCUUAGGAAAAUCUGAGAGCAAAUGUUUGUUUCAAUUGGCAAAUGUGUGUGUUUUUCUUGCCCCUGUGAAUAGAAAAUCUGUCACGAGAUUUUUACAUCACUGACACCAAUCUUACACACUGUGUGCCUUGAUUGUUUCUGACACAUUCGUCCACAUCGCUCCACCUUAGCACACACCCCGAGCCGGCGUGAGCAGUGAAACCUGUAACACAAACAGCACAUUGUUUCCCUCUGAUAACACCUCAGUUCUUGUCCUUCCCCGUGCUGUGAAAUUGCACUUUUAUUUCAAUGUUUUAUUUAUUGAUAUUCCACAGAUGCAUUACAUUACAGUGACUGCCAUGUGAAUAAACAAUUGCAAUGUCAA